AUGAUCGCUCUAGACAGCAAUGGCAUUAUCUAUGCAGCAGAAAGUCAAUAUUGCUACAACCCCACGACAAGUUAUUAUUCUCAAGUAGCCAAGUACAGUGAAGGCAAUGGAACAACUGGUAACAUUGUUUUUGGUGAAACAACAUGUGGCCAAGGAGCAGACCAAAUCUGUGCUGCGGGCGGGCUUUUCAUUGACCGUCAAGGCGGAAUAUACUACUCAGAUUCAUCAAAUCAUCGUAUUCUGAAAAUUACACCGUUUGUAUCGACAGCAGCUAUUGUAGCAGGCAUGAAUGGAAGUUCUGGAUCAAUGACAAACCAACUUAAUUAUCCUGGCGGUAUUUAUGUGGAUACGAACGGUACUCUGUAUGUGGCAGAUAGAGGCAACUUUCGAAUCAUUAUGUUUCCAUCGGGUAGCUCAACAGGGAUCGUUUUGUUAGUUUUGGCAUUUUAUCAUACUCUGUCUGAUUUAAUCAUGGACAAAGUGGGAAAUAUCUACUUUACAUCUUACGGUGGUGUUUCUAAGUUUAUUCCAAGCUCAGGUUUUGUCACACAACUGCUGACUGGUGCUUAUUGGGGUAUUGGUCGUAUACAACUGGAUACCGACGGAAAUCUGUAUCUUAGCAGCACUUCUAUGAGCAACGGUAUUGCCAAAUACAGCCUUAUUUCAAACACGUGUUAA